AUGUCUACUCCUAUAAGAAACGACAAAAAGAAGAAUAGAAGAAGUAGGAAAAAGAGAAGAACGGAAGAUUUCUCGUCAGAUUCAUCAGAUUCAUCCGAUUCAGAAUCAUCUAGCCAUACACAGGAAGAGAACAUUGAAGAAGUUAUAGAGGAGAAGGCUUCCAUCCCUAAGCAAGCAAUUCGUAGCCAUGCAAGUCUUAACCUUGAUGACAUAGACGUCUUAUCCGAUGACGAUGAAUCCAAUACCUCCUCUACCCUUCAAGCUAUAUCAGACGAUACUCAUAAGAAAUUACGCCAGGUAAAUUUAACAACCACUAUGUUAUCGAAUACUACUGGAUUGGGAGGCAGUCAAAUGAAAAACAUUGACACCAACCAAGUCAAAGAAACCAUAUCUAAGGAUAAAACGCAAUUAAACAACGAAUACUUAAUGUUGAUGGCUUCAACCUAUGGCAAUGACUUGGAUGAGCUAAGAAAGAAGCCAGAUUUCACUCAGAAAUCUUUAGUAAUUUUAGCUAAGGCACUUCAAUCUGGUGCCAAUAUGUUUGAUGAGGACACUUUAAAUGCUAUUCUUAGCAAAUAA